AUGAAAAAAAUUGAAGAAAUUGACGUUGGGGAAUUUUAUUCAAUAAGGGAAACCCUAUGCCACGAUCUUCCACCUGAUCAGCAGGUUGAUGGGGUCUGUAGAAACCUGGAGAACUUUUUACUUCUGCUGGCCAAGUUCUGUUUUGAGACUGAUCAGUACAGGAAACCUGGGGAUAAGCUGGUGUGGUUCAGUGAGAGGGAGGGAGCAUUUAAGGUUGCCAUAGGGGGUGAUGGGGCUCCUUUUGGGAAAUGGGAUCAAUCUAUGUCAUGGCUGAUACGUUUUUUGAAUGUGGGGCCCAGGGUAGCUAGUCCCAGUGACAAUUUUUUGCUUUUUGGAGCUAAUUGUAAGGAGGACCACAUGGUUGUUUCUCGUUUUACAGUGAAACUUGCUACAGACAUGGAAAAAAUAGAGAGCAAAUCUUACACAGUAUUGGGUAAGAAUGUCACCUUUUCUUUUGAUCUCCUGCCAGGAGAUAUGAAACUCCUUGCAUAUAUAAAUGGGGAAUUAAGUAAUGUGGCUAAAUAUUUUUCUAGCUUUGCUAAUGUCUCCAAAGAUGACUGUAAUGCACUGAAUGGGAAGUAUGGAGAAUCUCAUGAUUGUAAGUGGAAGCCUUGGCAGCAUGCAGAAAGAAUCAAUGUUGCAAAACAGGUUGAAGAUUUCAAGAAAAAAAGUACCUAG